UGCGCGCCGCCGCCGCCUCUUCCUUCUUCCUCGGCGCUGCCUACGAGGUGGCUGCCAUCUGUUUUGCGGCAUCAUGGCUGCCCUCCGCCCUCUGGUGAAGCCCAAGAUCGUCAAAAAGAGGACCAAGAAGUUCAUCAGACACCAGUCAGACCGAUAUGUGAAAAUCAACAAGAAAACCAAGCACAUGCUGCCCAGCGGCUUCCGCAAGUUCCUGGUCCACAAUGUCAAGGAGCUGGAGGUGCUGCUGAUGUGCAACAAAUCUUACUGUGCUGAGAUUGCUCACAACGUAUCCUCUAAGAACCGAAAAGCCAUCGUAGAAAGAGCAGCACAGCUGGCCAUCAGAGUCACCAAUCCCAACGCCAGGCUACGCAGCGAAGAAAAUGAGUAGAUGGCUUGUAUGUGUGAUUUGUGUUAAAUAAAGUCACAAAACCUUC